CUCACACCGGACAACAUCAAGGGCAUACAAUUAUUGCACAUGUUCAGUCACAAAGCAAACCGCAUGGGGUCCCUGAGGUAACGUUGAAAUGAAAAACUUGGUUAACUCGCCAAAGACAGAUGCGAUGCUGCAGGACAAGUCCUACCAGGCUGGGUUGGAUGGAAAUGGCGCAACAGAGAUUUCCAACAAAUUAUUUGAGUGGGCUCAACAAGGAGAUUCUGCAGCCUUGGAAAAACACCCAGCCCACCUGGGGAUCCGUGACCAAACCAACGCCAGCCUUCUGCACUAUGCCUCCUCACACGGGCACAUCGGCACCCUGAAGCUCAUUGUGCAGUUGGCUGGUCUGGACGAGCUGAGUGCCACUGAUGACCGAGGCAACACUCCACUGCACUGGGCUGUGCAGAGGAACCAGGGAGAGAGCUGUGCUUGUCUGCUGGACUUGGGGGCCGACCCAAACAUCCGGAACCUCAGCCUCAGGUCUCCCCUGCACAUGGCUGUCAGGCUUGGGCACAAUGCCCUCGUAGAGUUGUUAUUGUCUCACAACAACACAGAUGUCAACCUGGAGGGAGAGCUGGGAAACACCCCUGUAAUGAUGGCCUGCUCUAUUGACAACCAUGAAGCUCUCCACAUACUUUUUAAAUACAGUGCCAGACUAUGUCAACAGAACAAGCUUGGUCAUUAUCCGAUACACAAAGCAGCUUUCGCAGGGGCUGAACUGUCAAUGCGGGUUCUUCUUCAGAAAGGUGAGGAGCUGGGUUGCUCCACUGAAAAGCACAUUAACUACUUGGACAAGUCAUACAGCAGUCCUCUACAUCUAGCUGUGCGUGGGGGAAACCUAGAGGUCAUCAAACUCUGUAUAGAACAGGGAGCAAAAAUGGACCAACAACAGUGUGACAAAUCCACAGCCCUCCACUUUGCCUGCACCCAGGGAGCAACUGAAGCUGUGAAACUUUUGCUAUCCAAAUACCAUGAAGGCAGUGAUGUAAUCAAUAUCCGAGAUGGAGCUCUCCAAACUCCGCUGCAUAAGGCAACGAUGUUUGACAACUGUGAAUUGAUCGAAUACCUUAUUUCUAAGGGAGCAGACAUUAAUGUCACUGACUGUAAGAGUCACACCCCACUGCUUCUGGCAACAAGCUGUAGUGCCUGGAAAACCGUGGAACUUCUCCUUUCUCAUGGGGCUAAUUUGAAAAUGAAAGACAAAUAUGGCUGCAAUUUCCUUCACCUCGCCGUCUUGCAGCCUAAAGGUCUGAACAACCUUCCAUCAGAAGUCUUACAGCACAGCAACGUGAGAGAGCUCCUGAGCGCAGAGGACAAUGAGGGUUGCACUCCUCUGCACUAUGCCUGCAGGCUGGGCAUCCCAGAGUCAGUGGAGAACAUGCUCAGUCUAAAUGUCUCUCCAGAACAGAAGUCUAAUCAGAACAAAUCAGCACUGCACUUCGCAGCCGAGUAUGGGAGGAUCAACACUUGCCUCAGACUCCUGGAGGGCCUGACUAACCCCCGGCUACUGAAUGAGGGCGAUGAGAAGGGGAGGACACCCCUCCACCUGGCGUCCCGCGGCGGCCACGUCAAAGUGGUGAAGCUGCUGCUGAGAAAAGGGGCUCUGUUCCACAGCGAUUACAAAGGCUGGACAUGUCUACAUCACGCGGCAGCGGAGGGCUACACCCAGACCAUGAGCAUUCUGCUGGCCUUCAAUUACAAACUGCUGGACAAAACCGACGACAACCUGAACACAGCGUUACACCUGGCUUCCAGACAGGGCCAUGCGUCCGCAGUGACGCUGCUCCUGAAUAGAGGUGCCAAGAUAAUGCUCAACAAGAGCGACGCGUCCUUCCUCCACGAAGCGGUUCUCAACGGCCGAAAAGAUGCUACCAUCGCUGUCAUCAACAGUGACAGAUGUACAGAGGCUAUGAUGAUGUUCAAACGGAAUUCUAGUAAGCAAUGUGUUGUCUUUGGAAUGAUAGAGUUUCUUCCAGAGAGCUUUAAGCAUCUUUUGGACACUUGUGUGAAAGAAUCAGAUGAUGAUGAGAAUUGUUACAACUACUCGAUCGAGUACAGUUUCAAAUGGCUACAAGCUCCCGUGGAAUAUAUUAAGCUGGCAAAAACAGACAAAAGCUACUACUUUCAGCCUCUCGCUGCUCUGAACGCCAUGGUGCGAUAUAACCGCAUUGAGCUUCUCACCCAUCCUGUCUGCAAGAAGUACCUGAAAAUGAAAUGGAAUGCAUACGGCAUCAAAGUGCACCUGCUCAACCUGGCCAUGUACUGUCUUGGACUGCUGCCUCUGACUCACAUCAUCCAUGCCCUGAAGCCCCACCUUAACACCAAUGUCACCAGUAUCCACCCAUCAGACAGCAAGCUGAACACCUCCAUUGACAAACUAUCUUACAUAACCACUGCCUGCAUAUUCCUGGUCCUUGUCAUGAACCUGUACACCAUUGGCAAGGAGCUGGUCCAGGUAGCCCAGCAGGGUUUUAAGUACUUCCGUGUGGUGAACAAUGCAUUGGACUGGGGAGCUGCCGUCAGUUCCAUGUUGUUUAUCAUCCCUCUGCUGAUGAACCAGAAGGACACCUGGCACUGGGAGGUCGGGGCGGUGGCUGUUCUUCUCUCCUGGAUCAACUUUCUCCUCUAUUUCCAACGGUUUGAAAGAGUCGGGAUUUACAUAGUGAUGUUUUCAGAGAUUGCUAAAACUCUGUUAAGCAUCACUGUCCUGUUCUUCUUCCUGCUACUGGCAUUUGCCUUAUCUUUCUACACCCUGACGACUAACACGACACUUUUAACUAACAGUGUUAGCAUACCACUAGCAAUUAUUCAAACAUUCGUCAUGAUGGUGGGAGAACUCAACUACCAAGAAAAUAUCCUAAAGCCAUUUCGGGGAGAGAUUCUGCCAUUCCCAUAUUUGACUUACGGCAUUUUUGUGAUGUUUACAUUUGCUGUGCCCAUUCUCCUCAUGAACCUGUUGAUUGGCUUGGCUGUUGGUGACACAGCCGAGGUAAAGGAGAACGCUGUGCUGAAGCAAAUUGGAAUGCAGACACAAUUACUCCACAGAUUGAGCUUCACACCAGGAGAAAUGUUAUUAUCAAUGCUGGGUGUGGAGCCAGAGAGAACAUGUCUCAAACCCACGUAUCUGCCUUCAACUAUGGAACAGGAACUCAUUGAACAGAAGUACAGGAUGAAAGAAAUGUCUACUGCUAUUGAAAAUCAGCACAACCUGUUGAAGCUGAUCCUUCAGAAGAUGGAGAUCAGUUCAGAGGCCGAGGAGGGUGAUGAUCCUCAGCUGUUCCGGGGCUACAGACACAAGGACCCACCCUCUCAGUCCAAAUGGAGCCCAUUACUAAGGGCUUUGGCCAACAGGAAGUGA